UACUUGGUCUGUCGUGAGGCAGUUGUUUGGCCCUAAGUAUGGUGAUUGUUUGGUCUACCUGGUAAUCAGCCCUGUAACCACUGUAAUCACGCAGCGGUGGACUAUCAUUAGAGUGACCUCUCCAGUCAUAUUGUGACCCCUUGUGACCUAAUCUUGCGAUUGGUGAUUUGCUUGACCAUCCUGCAUCAAUGAUGCUCACCGAUCUAAAUAUUUCCAAUCGGACGGACAUUUACGCUUCGGAGAAAAGCGGCCUCCCUCCGAGCGUGAUUCCACAGCAGGCAAAGGACCAUCCGUCCCUUCGCGGGACACCACUGGCGAUGCUCGCCGCACAGUGCAACAAACUGACCAGCAAGAGUCCGCCGCCCUUAGCAGACGCCGCCGUGGGCAAGGGAUUCCACCCGUGGAAGAAGAGUCCGGUCGGGACAGCGCCGGGGUCGGGGGGCGGAGCCUCUGGCGUGGGCACGGGGCAGAGGUCAGGCCCCGCCUCCGUGGCCAGUGGUGGUCACGGGACAGCCUCUUCGUCCACCAGUUACCAGCGUCCAGCCGUGACGACCAGUGCGACCUGCUCCUAUCCCCAGCCCUCCGACUUGUACUUUCCCGCUGCGUCCGCGUCCGGAGGUCAGACGGACUCUGCCCAGGCGGCGCUCUUGUCCAAGGUUGACGGGUCUUCACACAUCCCCGCCAUGAGCUCUAUGUACUCCCGGGUGGCGGGUGUCACACACCCCUACGAGUCGUGGCCCUUCAACAGCAUGGCCGGGGCCGCCUCGGCCAUCAAGCCCGAAGUGUCUGCGGUCAACUCGCUCAACACGACCAGCUGGUGGGAUGUGCACAGUGCGGCUGCGGCCUCCGCUGGCUCGUGGCUCGACAUGUCCGGAGCCACGUCCGCCGGCCUGACCGGGGUGGCCGGCAUGUCCCAGAUGGCUAACUACCCGGCCAGCGACUACUCCACGCUCUCCCACACGCUGGCCGCCUCCAACACGGCACACCUCCUGUCCUCAGGCCAGCACUUGUUGCAGGACACGUACAAAUCUAUGCUCCCCACGCAGGGGAUGGCUCCCGCCAUGGGCUCCCCCUUCGGCCUGGGCCAGCCCACCUUGCCACAGGUACCCUCUCCACGCUCCCAGCGGCGGUACACGGGGCGAGCCACCUGCGACUGCCCCAACUGCCAGGAAGCUGACCGCCUGGGGCCAGCUGGGGCACAUCUCCGGAAAAGGAACAUCCACUCGUGCCAUAUCCCGGGCUGCGGAAAGGUCUACGGCAAGACGUCCCACCUGAAGGCGCAUCUCCGCUGGCACACUGGACCGGCCCCUCGCCGACAGCAACAGCGCGGAGGACUUCCAUCGAGGGACAAAUGCAACGGUGACGGCCUAGGAAGCGGCGGCGGAGGAGGUGGAGGAGGAGGCGGCGGAGGAGGAGGAGGAGGAGGUGGAGGAGGAGGGCUCUUGGACGGCCAGCUGCCCCCCCUCCCACGGGGGCAGAUCGCCGCCCCACGCACGCAGUCCCCCACCACCAUCGUGCGCGUCGCAGACAUCAAGCGCAGCCCUAGUCCCAACGGCGGUGCGUCGUGCCCCUCGCCUGACUAAUGGAGCUAGAGUCUACACCCUUUUAGUUUUCCCCUUUGUUGUUCAUUACCCUCUCUAGUUACCCCUUUUCCGAAAGCCUUCCUCGCUUUAUUCCUCCUUCUCUUUCUCUCUCUCUCUUGUUCCAGAUUUCUUUGCUUUUUCCUCUUCUGAGUCCUGGUAUACUGGGACGAUUUUGUACCAUACUGUAAUAUUUUUUUAAAAGUGAUUUUAUGAAAUGAUAUUCGUGUAGUGUUUUUUCAUGUAUUAAUGGUGAUGGAAGAGUCAUGAUAACAUUAACAACAGUAAUCAAUAACCAAACAGGUUUUGUGAACUUGCCACUUCACCGAAAGUCGACAAAGAUUCACGCGUAACAGUUUAUUGUAAUCUGAACUUUGUUUUUUCUAUUAAAUGGAUUUGGCUCAGCAAACAGCUUCAGCAGCAGGAAAACCAAAACAGUAAAUGAAAAGUUUUACAAAUAAGCAGACCAAAACUUAGUCUUUUCAACAAAUAAAAAGAUAUAUGUUUUUAUAUACCAAAAGUGUCAGCCGAUGUUACAAUAUUUGGAUUCCGCUGUAAAAAUGAAUAGUCCCCCCGCCCCCUCCCUCCCCCCGGGGGCUGGCGGCGGCGGCGGAGACGAACAGAUGUUAACACAGGUAGAGCAACAAAAUCAAAACUUUGCGUGUGGGCGGGCGAGGCCAGGCUCUCCCACACCCUACGUGAGGGGGCGUUAUAGAAGACUCGUGUGGGCGCUCUCGCGGACGGAACUGAUGAUCUCCUUGUAACACGAUGUUAUUUCAUUGCCAUUAUUUAGUGUGCAUAUCUUUAGUAUUACUGUUACUGUCAUUUUAUGAUAUAAUUAAUAAUAUUAUUUUUUAUAAUAUGAUUCCUAUUGUUAUUACUAUUAUUAUUCUAUUGUUUUCACUGAUUUCGAUAUAAUGUAAUAUAUUUGAUAACAACGAGUGGUCGUGUGGUUACAUAGACACAAUGGGCAGCACAAACUUCCCGGUGGAAAAAGAUGAUAAAUUAGGCACAAAUCCUUUGGUCCAACCGCUUCAGUACUUGUAGACCGAACUCGUUCUCUGCUCGCACUGACUCGUCGUGAACUUGUUGUCUUUCACACCCGCCGCGACCCUCUCUUGGUGGCCUUAACCCUUUCACGAUUCAAUAAGACGGAGCUUAAUGUCUCUGGUCUCUCUUGAGUUUUGUCGUUUUAAGCGAGAGGAGUAGGAUUGAAUUCGCCCUUUCCUCUCUUCUUUGUGAUGACAAUCAUACUUCUCUUUCUGUUUCCGUUCGUCAUGUUUUUCACUUUUUUUUUUGUCCCUUAGACAUUCGUCUCUAAUGCCCCCUUAGACAUGUUGGACUCGUUAUAAGAUAUAAAGUUUCUCGUAGUAUGUGGCAACUCUGACUUCACUGUUUCUCUGGCGAUGUCAAAGACUCCUGCAUUACCGUAUGGAAAGGCGCCACAUGCUCUCUACGUCACCACCCCAUGACGUCACCAUAACCCCACGGGAACCUAACGUAUGGACUUCCUGUCUUGCCCCGAAGUACCUUACCCCACGGCACCUUCGUCAUCAGUUUCGUCCAUUUUCCAGCUAAGAGUUUUGUAUGACGCCUUUCACUUCCGGCCAAACCUGAGGAUCUCGAUUCCUAAAAUCUCUUUUUCUCUUUUAGCGUGACGAAGAGAAGGAGAUGGAGACACGUUCAGUGCUUGGUUUUGUCGUCUUUUGGAAAAGGAUGACGUACGGUGAUAAGAAAUGUUUUGUGAAAUAAGCUUCCUGGGUCAAUUCGUGUGCGGUUUCUGAAUGUACCGUAGUCGCGUGGUACUGUGAUGUCCGACUCAUAUUAGCUGUGGUCUUUUAUAUACAUGUUUUGGCUUAUACUCUUGUUUAAUGUGAUAAACGUUUAGAAAACAUAAAAAAAACAUUUCAAUCAUGAUAUUCACCCGUGAGCUCGUCUUGUGAUGACAGUCGUCUUUCAUGAGAGGUCACCAGGUCAGCCAGCCAUCCAUAUUCUCACUGUGCGAGUUGUAACUAUACCUUGUUAUCAGUAAUUUCACAAGCUGAAUAAAUAACUGUGACUUGCGAUGGACAAUCAAGGGUAGUGAGCCUGCAGUUUAAAGGACAAAGACUCGCCAGCCUCAGAGGAAAGACGCACGAACGAAGUCUUCAGCGAAAGAGAUUCUCGGGUUUGCAGUUCUGUGCGCCAAAUGUUCUACCUCCUUUUGUGUUGUUUUUUUAAUUUUUAUUUUUUCUAUUACCGACUUAUUAGUUCAUGGAAACGGAAGAUGAAAAACGAACGAAAGAAUAUAAAGCGCGCCAAAAUACAAGAGUCUGCGAAAGGAACAGAACACUCGCGUACUGCUGAACUAUCGAAACAGGAAAUCAUAAUUAUUUGGCAUCGAUUUUCCCGUGGACGAUUGGUGAGAAAGUUACCUCGGAACAUUGAAUUCUCCAUCUUAUAUUAUUAUUUUGUUAUUAUUAUUAUUUUGCUUACUUUUAAUAUAAUCGAUUUGUUAAUCAGUAAUCUGCACCACUUAAAAUCAUCAUUCAGCUGGAAAAGCCAUUAGACCCCCCCACUCAAAACAAAAAAAAGAACUAAAUAAACCGCUCAUAAUUAAGACUGGUUCAGCUCUCCUGUUCAGCGAUGCUCAGUGUUCUGCUCCCGGCUCGACGAGCCCGACCGGAGGCCGGGGCGAGCCUCGCAGCGGCCUCGCGAGCGGCGAAUAACGGCCUCUGUUCCCGGCGCCGCAUGCUUCGGGGAGGACGGCCGCCGUUUCCCGGACGCGACGCCGUAGCGCCCACGCCGCGGCAGCGAAAUAACCACAACAUAUUGCCCGCGAAACAUCCCUAAUUACGCCAUCCAAUCUCCUGAUAUAUGGAGUGAAAUUGUUUUCGUUCGACCAUAGGGAUGACAAUUUUGUCUGAUUUAGUCGCCAUGAUUGAAUUAUAUAAACCGCAUAAAGGAAGUAAGAACAAUGGUUGAUUUACUUUAAUUCUCUGUUAUACUGCAUGUAACAUUGAUGCUGGCAGCUGCUCUAGAAAAAAAAAUCGUACACGGCGCGUAAAAUGAAUAUGAACCGGGAGGGCUAAAUCGCGCAUGCAAAGAGCGAACGAUUGUGAGCCACAGUAUAUCGUCAACAAAAUGAUCUAGAAUGAUCGAGAAUACAAUAAAUCACACGCUAGAGUAGCCGCAGAAAGAAUUUUUGAUGGAAAGGAGGGAAGGAGGUCGAUGUUCCGUCGAGAUAUAACAGAGAAUCAAAGACCAGCAUGAUUGCUUUUGACAUAAUUCUUCGUGUAUUAGCUGAACAAAGCUUUUAUGAUUUUUGAAAAGCAUAAUAUAUUUUCACUAAAUAUUGUGGAUAAAAUACGUUUCACUGUGUUGAUAAAUGACCUGUUGUAUAGAUUUUUUUGGGAUUAGGUUUAAAAAAAAAUCAGGAAAGGAUAGUUAGGACGAUUUAUUUAUUUAUCUUUCACGGUAUUACAAUCACUCAAUGGGCCAAUGAUAUUCCCGGGCUUUAGAAGCUCUUCAUUCUGAUUGGCCCAUUGACUCAUUGUCAUAGGGGAAUAGUUAGGUUACACAGUAUAUCAAUUUGAACCAAUUACAUUCCAGGGUCUGACAAUCCCGUGAUUCUGAUUGGUUGUCCUUUAGGGGAGUAGGAUUAGCUACUCGUUCUUGAAUCUGUUCACUCUCUCGCCCGCUGCGGUGGAGCCCAGCCGGCCAGAGUCCCUUAACGGGUGCUACCGACCUUUAUUUUUUAAAUUUGUUCAGCCUGUUUCUUUUUUGCCGAUGUGUAUAAAAUAUGUUUUCGAAAACAAUAAAGAAUACAUGGUAAU